AUGGCAAACGGCGCGCCGAAUGGAGACUCCAACGGGGCAUUGGAUGAGUUCAAGCCCCCGCCUGGAGUUGUUCUGCCACCUCGCGAAAUCCGAACCAUCCUCGAGAAAACUGCGGGCUACGUCGCGCGAAACGGAGCUGCAUUCGAGGACCGUGUCCGCGACAAGGAGGCGCAGAACCCGAAAUUCAGCUUCCUGAACCCAUCCGACGCAUAUUUCCCAUUCUACGAAUGGAGAUUGGCCGAGAUCAGGGCCGGGCGCGGCACCGACGUCGCGGCUGGCCGCGCCGGCGAGACGAUCGCAGCACCUGCGCCGGAGAAGCCCAAAGGGCCCCCCAAGCCUCCCGAUUUCCAGUUCUCUGCUCGGAUGCCCCAUAUCAACCAGAAGGAUCUUGAUGUCAUCCGUCUGACGGCCCUCUUUGUCGCUAAGAAUGGUCGCCAGUUCAUGACACAGCUCGCCCAGCGCGAGACCGGAAACCCCCAGUUCCAGUUCCUCAUUCCUAACCACACAUUCCACAACUUCUUCCAGCACAUAAUCGACCAAUACACGAAGCUGCUAAGAGCGGGCGGUGUUGAUGGCGAGGGCGGCAAGCAGCAGCAGGAGGUCAUGGAUGGGUUGGCGAAGGAUGUCAAGGACAAGCUACGGAUUCUAAAUCGAGCAAGAGAGCGAGCCGAGUACAGCAAAUUCCAGGAAUCCGAGAAGCAAAAGAAGGAGGAGGAGGAAGAGGAGAAGAAGGCCGAGUUCCUACGAAUCGACUGGGGUGAUUUCGUCGUGGUGGAAACCAUCAGUUUCACGGAAAGCGACGAGAAGGCCAAUCUACCGCCUCCUACCAAUCUCGCUGAGCUGCAAUACGCAUCAUUGGAAGAUAGGAAUAAGGCAUCCAUCGCCUCUAAUAUGCGCAUCGAAGAGGCGUUCCCCGGCGAGGCGGAAGAAAUGGCAAAUGGCAACCUACCAGCAGCACAGCUACCGUCAUACCCUCUCCCAGCCCACCCCGGACACGCAGUACCACAGCCAAACUACCCAGCACAGGCACCCCCAGCUCAAAAUUUCUACCCAGGAGCGCCACCGCGAUCUGCACAGGAAGAGGAGGAGUUGCGGCGGAUACAAGAGCGCAGCGAUGCUCAAGCUCGCAUGCACAAUGCGCAAGCUGAGGCUCGGGGUGGCAUUGCGCCCAUGAAAAUCAGGGAGAAUUACGUGCCUCGAGCAGCUCAGAAGACUGCCAACAGACAAGGGACGCAGAUGGCGCUGUGCCCUAACUGCAAGCAGCAAAUCCCAAUGAACGAGCUGGAAGCUCACAUGCGAAUCGAAUUACUUGACCCCAGCUGGAAGGAACAAAAGGCGAAGGCGGAGGCUCGCUACGCAACUUCAAACAUCUCACAUGUGGAUGUGGCCAAUAACUUGAAGCGACUUGCCAGUCAGCGUAGUGAUGUGUUCGACCCUAUCACUGGGCAGGCCAUCUCAGAGGAAGAGGCAGCACGGCGCAAGAAGGCGGCGGUUCAAGGCUUCGAAGGAACCCCCAAUGCGAAUGUCCCCCAACCAGGGAUGCAGUCUGUCGAUGUCAACGAGCAAAUCCGACAGAUUUACGACAAGUAUGGUGAGAGGAAGUGA